UCUUGAUCUGUUGACAGGAUUCAGUUGUUUUUUAAUCACCCCCCACUCCAGGUGGUGCUCGGAAUGCUUUCACUUUAUUUGAUGUGACUUUGUUUUCGGACGAAAGAUCAUCUUGCUUAUCUUUUUGAAAUGAAAUCCCCUCCCCGGCGCCGACCCUGCUGCGCGUUUUCCCUUUUGGUUUUUCCCUCUGUACAUUGAUUUUCGGAUCGAACGAUGAGAAAGAGAAGUGCUAUGAUUGACUCGUUCCCAGAAGGAGUGCCGCUAAUUCAGCUUGACUCCGUAACUCAGCGAAGCAAUGUACGAUCAUUAAAAAAAGAUUUGAAAAAAUCUGAUUUUACAUGAGGAAAAGGCCUGGUCCAGAAAAAGAAUAUGACGUCAUCUCGACAAAGUAGCACGCGGCGCACUUCCAACUUGGGGCUGGAGAAGGGCGCUCGUGCUUCAACGAAGUAUCUGCUCCUGUUGUCAGUCUGCUCCUUCUUCCUGUUGCAGCAAGUAACAGGAAGCGAGCUCUUGCUCUCUUCAACAUCUUCCGCCUCAACUACAAACAAGCCUGGCAGAAAGAAUGGAGUAUCUACUACUUCAAGUAGUCCAACAACUACAUCUGCUUCUUCUCUAGAAGAACUGCUCUUCACAGAACAUCCUUUGUUCAAAUGGGGGCACAGUUUGUAUAGCAGUUUCUUCGGGUCGAGCAAGAAGGGUUUUGAUGGUGAGAAGAUAUUCCGACUACAACUCCAGAAAUGUGAGGGAAAAGACGAAGUUUCGAUCCACGGAUUGUGGCCCGAGUGGGCUGAGUAUUGUCCAGGACCCAAGUUUCACAAAUCGGGGAUAGAAGACUUGAUGCCAAGGUACAACUUAAUCUAAGUACUCGAAAAACAACAACUUAAUCUACUUUUUAGCUCAAAUACGUAAAAAUGAAGCAGGAGGUACAACUAACAUGAACAAGAUCAUUACGAAUCAAUCUGGAAUUUGGAAGAGUUCAACAACAUGACGUCAACAUGAGGUACAACUUGUUCUAUACAAGAACACGACUGCUCCUUUGCUUUUGUAUGUUUCACCACAAAUCUUUGGUUCCUCGAUCUCCUGGAUGAUCAUACCAAAUUCAGGAUGGAAGCAGAUUGGUUUUCUUGCCAAUCGAGGACCAUUCUACAGGCGGAGCAUGGAGGAGAACGACGUUAUCUUCGCAGUAGCUCUCGAACGACAUCUUCUUCUUCCAGUAAAAAGUCGAAUACAUGGUUCUGGACCCACGAGUGGGAACGACACGGAACGUGUAGUGAAUUCCCGGAUGAGCACUCCUAUUUUGCCAAAGUGCUAGACCUCUACGACCAAUACAAGGACGAUAGCAGGUGCAAGGGGAAAGAAUUAUGAUUUUGGGAGAAGGUCAUUGGUGAACGUGAAGUACUAGAAGUACUAAUUACUAGUACUAUAUAUAAAUAUAGCACUAGUACUCUAGUAGAAAAGACACUUGAUUGUUGUAAAAACUGAGCACGACCAUGUCCAUGGGAGCAUUGAGCAAUUUUUAGGAUUCAUUCUUCAUGAAAAAUUCCUGUCAGACUCCGUAGAUCAGAAUCGCUUCAUCCAUAUUCUAACAAUCCUGUGCCAUGUCUGUCUGACGCCCAAAGAGUGGCAAGAGACGAAAUGCCCGUACUGGAGACCCCAGCGUGGAAGUAGAGGUAAGGACAAUCUGUUGCUCUUACAACAGGAAGUGGAAGUAGAGGGACAGGAUGUAGAGGAUGAAGAGCAGGUGGAAAAGAAUGAAGCAGAGGUAGCAGAUGACGCAGAGCAGGUAGCUGCUGAUGAGGAGGUCCUUCUAGAUGAAGUUGCAGGACAACGAAAACCAUCAAUGCGAGCGGCCGCCGACAGGGGAGCUCCUGCUCAUAGUGUAGCUGCGGAAAAAAGCAAUGAUGAAGCAGAUCAUCUGAAACAAGCAGAUACUAGUGCAGAUUCUCUGUUUCGCCGAUUUAUGGCCGGUUUCACGCAGCUUUUGCAGCGUCGAGCAUCCACGUCUAAGAAGCCUACAGCCCCUGUUGUGGUGGAGGAGGAAUACACGGCAGCUGAAAACUGA